UUUUAUUUGAUUUUAUCUUUCUGGAUAUUCGAAUAAGUAAUAAAGUACCACGUGGAACCAGUGCAGGAACAGAAAAAAACUUGAUCGUAUGAUCCGUUCGCUUGUUCGAAUUGUCAGAUCGCUGCACAGUUCUUCAGGAAAACUGAGAAUGGAUCCGCUCGAGAACGCUAAGAAAAGUGCGGCUUACAAAGCUGUUAACGAAUACGUCCAUAAUAAUAGUGCCAUCGGGAUUGGGAGCGGAUCCACUAUAAUUUACGCUGUUCAGAGACUUGCUGAACGUGUUGUAGAAGAAGAACUCAAUAUAAUUUGUGUGCCUACAUCGUUUCAAUCUCGUCAACUUAUAUUAGAUAAUCAUCUUACCUUAGGCGAUCUAGAAACUCAUCUAUAUCUAUAUUCUGCAAUUGAUGGAGCAGAUGAAGUCGAUAAAGACCUGAAUCUCAUUAAAGGUGGUGGAGGAUGUUUAUUACAAGAAAAAGUUGUUGCUUCCUGUACCAAUCGAUUUGUUGUUGUAGCAGAUUAUACAAAAAAUUCAGUAAAGCUUGGCGAGAAUUAUAAAAAUGGAAUUCCUAUUGAAGUAGUUCCUAUGGCAUAUGUGCCAGUUAAACGUAAAAUUGAAGAUACUUAUGGAGGAAAUGCGAAAAUUAGAAUGGCCAUCGCUAAAGCUGGCCCGGUAGUAACAGAUAAUGGUAAUUUUAUUCUGGAUUGGUAUUUUCCUGAUGUUGAUCCAGAUACUUGGAAAAUGAUUAACAUGGGACUAUCCUCUAUACCUGGAAUUGUAGAAACUGGUCUAUUUACAGAUAUGGUUGAGACAGUUUUUUUUGGUAUGCCAGAUGGCACUGUACAGGAACGAAGCAUAUACGACUGUGACUGAAACUUAUUUGGUUAAAAUGUUGAAUGCAUGUUAACGCGCGAAUUUUACAAUAUUACAUUUUA